AUGGCUGGAUCUAACCAAAUCAAGCCCCCUCGACGAAAAAGAACAUGGCCCUCCACAUUCCUUCUCCUCAUCCUUCUCUCUCGACGAGCGGGGGCGCAAUACAUCCCACCUUAUUCUCAUAAUUUGAAAGAACGGUUAGAGCUGGCUCGACCUAUAAAUGCUCAUACACAGUCUCAAACUUCCAACAAUCCUAAUUUAUGGUUGAUCUCACAUGACGAUUUUUGUCUCUACGGACCUACAGAUCCGUUCAAUUAUAUCUGGAACACGGGCACGAAUGUGGUUUCGUGGUGUAGCAAGGCUGGUCACGGAACGAGGUUGAUACCUGACGGUACGCUACAUGGAGUGACUUACGUCAAAGCUCAGAGCUGGAUGCAGGUAUCUGGAACUGGAGAUUUCACUAAAAUCAACAUCGCUCCUGGUGAUGCGGGAGGACAAUUCGACCCGGGCAAAGCUCCUGCUGGCGCCAAUGUUUACACUUCAAACGAUAAUCAAGCCGCGUCUUCUUGGGUUGUGAGUCAUGGUUUCCUCUCGUGA